AUGAAGAGAAAGGCGGAAAAGCAACAGGCGGCCGCACCGGCCCCGAUGAGUGCCGUUGCGGCGCGUAAGGCUCGUCAGCAGCAAAUGCAGGCCGCAGUAGCUGUGGCGAAACCUUCACAACCAGAACCAGCGCAGGAGCCACCGGCGAAAAAACCACGACGUUCGCCAGAACAAGCGGUGCCAACCCCGCCUGCCAGCGGAGAACCUCAGGGACGGACAACGCGCUCCUCAAAACGGAAAGCUGAGAGCUUAAAAGCUAGUAAAGCGGUGGAGAGCAAGGAGAAAACGCCUUCGGUUGAAUCUAGUGAACAAUUGCCUGUUCGCACGUCUCCCCAGGAACCCGAGGACCAGUCUUCUUCAGACGAAGAAACUGAAGAGCAAAAUCCAAUUGUGGGAGAGGAUGAUGCCGGAAUCGCUCCUCUUAGAGGUGAUGUUGAUGGUUACGAGUCUCCCGCUGAUACUUCUGGGCCUGUCCAAGAGUUCCCUCUAUCGAAAACUCGUUUGAGCAAGAGCAAUAUAGUCUACAGCGAUGAACAUACACUGUGUGUCCGUAUAAGGGAGAAAAUGAGUCUGGUGUUGAUUGGUCAUUACGAUCUGUGGGUGAAGCGCGGUGUCGUUAGCGUCAUGGGUGCGAAACUACACCCUUCUCCACGACUUUACCGAGUUUACGCCCCGUCUACACAUUCAUUACCCGUGAUCAAGUGCGUAUCAGGGGUUGAUGGGGCGGCAGAGAUUGAAGUUAAGUCAUGCCACAGUGGUAUCUAUCGCCUCAGGGAUCUGUCUCCUCUAUAUCGGCGGAUAUGGAAUGGCAAAAAUACUUCAGCGGACAAACUCACACUCAGAAAUGCCCCAUCUUCCGCUAAGAGGACGUUCUCCGUUCUGUACACGUCUGCAGACGAUUCCUUCAAACGGCAUCUCCGGCCAUUACAUCUUGAGAAGCAAUGGAGCUCAGCUAUCAAAUCGCUAUCUCAGCGAGGUGGUCGAUUAAAGGCACUGAUCUGUGGCCCCAAAGCUUCUGGAAAAUCCACCUUCAGUCGGUAUCUUCUUAACCAUCUUCUCAGCCCGGCACCGCAGACUGAAACGAAUUACUGCAACACUGAUGGCGUCGCCUUCCUUGAUCUUGAUCCCGGCCAGCCCGAAUUCUCUCCCAUGGGACAAGUGUAUCUGGCGCAUCUCCGGUCACCCGUCUUUGGCCCCCCAUUUUCCCACCCAUCGGUAGGUAGUUCCCAGGAGGGAACCAUCAUCAGAGCCCACCACAUUGGGGCGACAUCGCCUAAAGAGGACCCAGACCACUACGUGCUCGCUGCCAUGGACCUCAUGGAUCGCUACCGUGCCUUACUGGCAAGCUACCCCCAAUGUCCGCUGAUCAUCAACUAUCCGGGAUGGAUCUUUGGACUUGGUUUAGAAGUUGCGACAUGGCUCGUUAGAUCCCUCGGCUUGUCCGAUGUCGUAUACAUGAGCGAGAAAGGUCCCACAGAGGUCGUGAUGCCUCUCGGCCAGGCAGCUCAAGAAGCUAUGGUCCCUGUGACCAUCCUCCCGUCCCAGCCAACCGACUUCGUGAGCCGGUCCAGCGCGCAGCUCCGGUCCAUGCAAAUGCAGUCUUACUUCCACAUGACUCGCCCCACCGAAAUCAGCAACCCGCUGUGGUUAGAGAAGCCAAUCUCCCGGACCAAACCAUUCCACGUUCACUACGCCGGACCCAAACAGGGUAUCAAAGGUGUUAUGGUCAUGGGCUCCCAGAUCGACCCUGAUAUGGUCCGGGAGGUCCUGGACGGAGCUAUUGUCGCCGUCGUCGCCGUGGAGUCCCCCAAAGCGAUUCUCGGCCAGAAUGAUGGCCCCGGUCUAACAAAUCACCACCCUGCCCAAUCCACAGAUGCCGAUGUCACCAUGGACGAUUCCAUCGAUACACUGAUGGAGGGAGGUACUUCCCAAGACCCCAUUAACCCAUUCAUUGAUGCCAACAUCGCUCGUACACCUACCGAGAACCUACCCUACCUCUUCGUGGGCUCCGGCAGCAAUAACCCUCUCGACCCGAAAGCAUCUCGCUGCUUGGGUCUAGCUCUUGUGCGCUCCAUAGACGUCUCCUCGCAGCGGCUGGAGUUGGUCACCCCCAUUGCGGGAUCCGCGAUCCGCGACGCCCUCGAACAAGGCCACGGCAUCGUCCUUGUCCGGGGCCAGCUCGACAACCCCAACUGGGCUAUCAGCGAAGAUUACUACGCCGCACGCGCCGAAGAGAGACGCUAUCGGGAGUCCCUCGAGAAGCUCAAGAAGACCGACGCCUCCACCGACAAAGAAGACAGCAUCCUCGAGCCAGAGCAGCAAGCCCGGGUGUCUGCGAUCCUCCGGGACCGGAUUCGACGGGCCAGCAAUGUACCCUGGAUGACGGUAAUUGAAGACCACAGCGGCCAGCAACGAGAGGCCGCGCAGCGGGAGAAAUCCCUGUGGAAGCUGCGCAAGAAGGCAUACCCCGGCAGCGAUAGCGAAGGAGACUGGUAG